UAGUGUCUUGCUUACAUUUUAUUGAAAAAGUUCUGCUCUAUGCAUAUGAAUUGUGGAUUAUUCAAUCCAAAAGAAUUUCAUAAUUUCAAGUUUGGUAAAUUGCAUUUCAAUUCUGUACCACUGUGCAUCGCUCAGUCGCGCGCUCUCUCGCACAAAGUGCAGCUGAGCUGCCGUUUGGUCGCCGCCGCCGCCACACUUGCCGCUGCCGUUACUGCUGCUGCUGCUGCCGCUGCCGCUACGCUUCCUCUGCCACACAACCGCUAGCCGCGGCCGCCGCCGCCUCAGUCGAAAGUCAAAAGCAACGUGUUGUGGACGCUUUUUUUUACGUCGCGUUGCGUUUUGCGUUGCGUUGCGUUUACCUUCUUUGCUACCUUCCUCUCUAUCUCUCUCUCUCUCUCUCCGGCAGCCGCUUGCGCGCGCGCGCGUAUCCAUCCAGCCCAACCACAGCCGUACCAGCACCAACCACAGCCACAGCCACACCACCCACUGCACCGUUACAGUAGCAGCAGCAGCAGCACCACCACAACAAACGUCUCCUUAACAGUUAACUUUCUCCGCACGAUGUCCAGCAGCGGCGCCAGCGCAGCGCAGUACAAACUCGACGCCAACUCCAAUGCCAUUGCAUUGAUUGCGGACGCCGCAGCGCUGCCGCCGUCGCCGUCGGCGCUGGCAUCGCCCGCGGACCGCAUCGAGUGGUCGCGCGCAACGAUCUUGGGCUUCAUCGAGGAUUAUCGACGCCAGCGCGUGCUGUGGGACCCCAACACCAAAGGCUACCACAUCAAGCAGACCAAAUACGAGGCCUUGAAGCUGCUCAGCCAAAAAUAUGGCACGGAAAUACGCUCGAUACGCUCCAAAAUCAAAUCGCUGCGCUCCUCCUUCCAUCGCGAGCACGGCAAGGUGCUCAACGGACGCAGCCGCGGCGUUCACUAUCAGCCCAUGUGGUUUGCAUAUGAGGCCAUACGAUUUAUUUUGGAUGGUGAACGCGACGUUGACGCCGCCGUCUUGGAUGCCGCCGUUGACGGCGACGUUGAGCCGGCUGCAGCGGCAGCGCUGCUGGACUCGGAAGCAGCUGAUAAACUGGCGCUGAUGCAUAGCCUAGAUCUAGAACAGCUGACAGCUGCUGGCAAGCAACAGGUUGAGCAGCAGCAGCACCAGCACCAGCACCAGCAGCAUCACGAAGAGUUCGCUGCUCGCGUCGCUGCCGCUGUUGCUGCUGUGGCAGCCGCUGCAGCAGCGGCCAACGUCAGGGAACGGGAACACACUAUGGACGCCGAUGCAGCGGUCUCCGAUGCCAAUUCCAAUGGCUGUGCGGCCAACAGCGGCGGCAGCGACGCAACAGCAUCAUCAGCAGCGGCCGCUGCAGCCGUCUCAGCUGCUGUGACGCGUUCCUCUUCCGACUUGGAUGGCGAGAGCUAUUGCAAUAUCAGCGCCGAGGAUGUGAAAACAGAAAUUAUCGAGCACGAACCUGAGCUGGGCAUGCUCGAGCGACAGACGAGCACGCCGCUCUCUGCGAGCUAUUAUAAGCCCACGGAUCUGACAUAUAAUCCGCGCAAGCGCAAGGCGCAGAUGGAUGAGCUGGAUGGCGGCGGUGAUCUCACUGGUGGCGUGGGCGGGGUUAGUAUUGUCGGGGGCGUGGUCGGUGCGCUGACUUUGACGCCGAUCAAGUCUACAACGCACUCGCAGCAGCAGCAGCAGCAGCAGCAGCAACAGCAUCAGCAGAUGAACCACAAUCAGAUCGCAUUUCAUACGCUCCAGCAACACUUUAGCCACAAUCUCAGCCACAGCAGCCACAACGGCAAUGGGCACCCACAGUCGCAGCAGCAGCAGCAACAACAGCAACAGCAACAACAAACACAUUCCAAUAACAUGGCACAAAAACGUGAUCGUGAUCGUGAUCGUGAUCUCUCCCUCUCGCCAACAAUGUCCAAUCAUCUAAGCACCAACAACCAUCACUCGUCCACAUCCUUGGAGCUGCACUCGCUGGCGACGACGACGACAACGGCGAGCAGCGGCAUCUCAAGCAACGCUGCCACGCCCAAGAUCAGCAACAACAACAAUGGAACUGGGAGCAGCAAUCUGAGUGCCAGCCAUGUGGAUGAGUACGGCGUGUUUGGUGAGUACGUGGCCAUCACCAUACGCAAGCUGAAGACAUCCAAGUCGAAGAUCGUGGUGAAGCACCUGAUCAACAAUCUGCUGUACGAGGCGGAGCUGGGCAAGUACGAUCAGGGCAUGCCGGCCUCCAAGGAGCCGCCGCAGCUCUACAAGAUGCAAUAGACGACGGGGCAGACCUGGAACUGGAACUGGGGCCCGACCGGGCAACCGGAUCGAGAGCAGAAGAAGAAGAAACACGCACUAGUCAGCAACGCAAACAGAGCAACAUGCAACAUGCAACAUGCAACAUGCAACAUGCAACAAGCAAGAAGCAACAAGAGCCAACAAUUCUAAGGGUAGUUAGGGGCGGGUUUAGAAGCCAAG